AUCCUGAAAUCAGUUGCCAACUAUUAGAUUAGAUCAAUAAAAGUUGUGUAAUGCUACAUCUCUGUCCCUUUUGUAUUUUCUUCCCACAGACCAGAGGUAAGACUUUGCAAGACAUUACUCACUAAGGACUAAUUUAACUGCACAUAUUAUUAUAAGAUUAUCCCAUAUCUAUUUAAAAUGUUGCAAUGGAAUUUAAUAAUAAAAAUAUAUUUCUUGCAGAGAAAAUCUAAAAUCUCAGCCUCUCGGAAGCUGAUGCUGAAGAGCAUGAUGGUGGCCAGAGCCAAGGAGGAGCUGGAGCAGGAGAUGGAAGAAAAAGAGGAACAGAAGGCAAAGUACCUGGAAGAAACGUCUCCGCCCCUAGAGACCGCCGGCAUGUCCUCAGACGACCUGAAGGCAUUAUGCAAAGAGCUGCAUGCCAAGAUAGACGCGGUGGACGAGGAGCGGUACGACAUUCAGGCCAAAGUCUCACACAACACCAGAGAGAUCAAAGACCUGAACAUCAAGGUGGUGGACCUGCGGGGGAAGUUCAAGAGACCCAGCCUGAGGCGGGUGAGGGUCUCUGCGGACGCCAUCCUGUGCUCCCUCCUGGGCUCCAAACACAAGGUCUCUCUGGAUCUGAGAGCUAAUCUCAAAUCGGUCAAGAAGGAGGACACAGAAAAGGAGAAGACGGCGGAGGUGGGCGACUGGAGGAAGAACGUGGAGGCCAUGUCGGGCAUGGAGGGCCGCAAGAAGAUGUUCGACGCAGCAAAAGGAGAAAAACAGUGAACGUCCAUGGUGGGGAGACACGGACGUGUUCCAUCUGACAUCAGAGUCAGCACGCAAAAUAAAAGCAUGAACUGAAGGGGUUUGACAUGUUCAGUACAAAAUAAACACUUCAUUAUAGAGUCACUAGAGUCCCAUAAUA